AUGGCAGGUAAUCUCCAUGGAAGUUGCGUUCGAUGUGGUAAAAAUGGUGGAGUUCUUUUUUGUAAUGGUUGUGAACAAAUUUUAUGUUUUCAACAUGUCAAUGAACAUCGGAAUGAACUCGAAAAAGAUUUAGAAAAUUUAAUUAAUGAACAAAAUGAAUUAGAAAGGAAAUUUUCCAAUAUUGAUGAAUCUUUUCAUUUAUUUCACGAAAUUGAUCAAUGGAGAAAAGAUUCCAUUGAACAAAUUAAACAAAUUGCAAAACAAGCAAAACAAAAUUUAAGAGAUCUUUUAACAAAAUCCAAUGAAGAAUUAUUAGAGAAAAGCAAAUUGAUUCAAAUAAAUCUCAAUUUAUUCAAAGAAUCAGAUGAUUUCAAUGAAAAACAACUCAAAGAUUUAACAAGACAAAUCAAUCAUUUGAAAUCACAAAUCAAUUCAUUUCAUUUAAUUAGAUCAACAAAUACAAAUUUUGUCACUAUUGAAAAACAAUCAAUUGAUCCCUUCGAAACAAUCUGUCCGCCACCUCCACCAUCUCUUCCUAUAAUUGAAAAACCUUCAUCUAAUUUUCAAGAAAGUCAUUCAGACCAACAAGGUUCUGUCAUCAUUUCAUUUGUUGAUCCAUAUGGAUAUUUCAUUACUAUUGAACAUAAUGGUAAAACAACAAGUAAAGAUGAAGAUAUGGUUGGAUGGAUAUUGAAAAGAUCAAUUGAUUCCUAUCAAGAAUUCAUUUAUCAAUUUCCAAAUGAAUUUAUCUUAAAAGCGAAUUCAUCAAUAAAAAUACUUUCAAAACGAGCAAGUUUAACACUUUAUUCAUUCGAUAAAGGCAAUUGUUUAGUUGCUGAUUCAAUACAAACAUGGGGAACACCAGUUCAAACUUCAAUCAAUACACUUUUUGAUGCGACUGGGGUUCAAAGAGAUGUUUUUACCCAAACAUUGAAAUAA